ACGUGAAUUUUAUGAAUUCGAGCGCCUUUAAAAACAUUUGAGCAAUUACUUGUUAUUUCGUGACUACGAAGGAACGUAGUCUAAUAAUCGGUCUGCAUUGACCUUCACAAGGCAUGUUUGUUCUUUCUCUGGUGAAGCAGACUGUAAGAGUCCCUGCUGAGAAGUUCAAUAGGGAUGUUGAUCAAGCCCUUUCUGAAGAGUUGAACUUGAAGUUUGCCAAUAAAGUUGUGCUGGAUGUAGGGCUAUGCAUUGCACUAUGGGAUAUACUUAAGCGUGGGGAAAGUUUCAUUUUACCUGGGGAUAGUGGUCAUCACACCAAAGUUGAAUUUCGUUAUGUAGUAUUUCGGCCAUUUAUGGAACAAGUACUUGUUGGACGUAUAAAAAACUGUGAUAAGGAAUCUGUCCAAGUUACAUUAGGAUUCUUCGAUGACAUCUACAUCCCUGCUGAGAACUUACAAAAGAACUCUAGAUUUGAUGAAACAGAGCAUGCAUGGGUUUGGGAGUAUGAAUCAGAAGAUGGGAACCACGAUCUCUUCAUGGAUACAGGAGAAGAAAUCCGCUUUAAGGUUGUUGCCGAAGAUUUCACCGACACGACCCCAUCUGGUCCUAGCAAUGAAACCCAUGACCCCUCAUUAGAUCCGUCGGACAACAAAAAAAUGGCUUAUCGAAUAACGGCAUCUAUAAAUGAAUCAGGAUUAGGCUUGCUCUCUUGGUGGGCUAGUUGAAUUGGUAAAUGGUUGUCUUGUUUUAAAUUUAAAUAAAACCAAAACUAAAAUGUUA